AUGCUCUUCCCUGCUGGUCUGAGGGUCCUAAUUCUUGUCGGCCUAGUCCAUCAAACUUGCAGUGCCAAGGAUGGUCAUCACUGUCCUCCUUCCUCCUGUGGCAAUAUCUGCAACAUAAGCUAUCCGUUUCGAUUUGAAAGCGACCCAGAAAAUUGCGGCAAUCGAAGGUAUAAUCUGUCAUGUGAGAAUAACCGAACAGUAUUAUCCUUGUAUGCAGGAAAAUACUAUGUACAGGAAAUCGAUUACAGCAACUACACAAUUCGAGUUGUAGACUCAGGCAUUCUAAGCCAUAAAAAUGACUCCUUGAUCCCUCGUUAUCCUCUGUACGAAACAAAUUUCAGUUCGGGAGAUCCAUAUACCCCAGAUUAUCCACCAAUAUUUCACUUCCAUGACCGAUAUGUCAUAGCUAACGGGAUAACUGCAAGGGAUUUGGAGGAGUCGUGCCAAAUAGAGCAAAAGUUUCUGGCAACAUCGUGGGUACCAAUUGGGCCAAAUAAUAGUGUUCGAUAUUUUCGGUGUAGAGACUUUUACGAUGCAGCAGUCUACGGCUUUAAACUUUCAUGGUUCCAAGUUACUUGUGAUGAGUUCAUAGAUGGUUCUUGCAAUAUCUAUGACACGAACGAACCCGUUCAGUGCAACCGUCGUCGAAUUGGACUAAAAUUUGGCAUUCCUCACAUAGAAUAUGAUGCAUAUUACCCAACCCCAGGACUAUGCCUUGCACCAAAAGUUGUAUUGGGAACUCCCUGUGUGAUUGCAUUUUUAUUAUAUAAUUGGCGUAGAAGGCAUUUAUCGAUGUAUGAUGUUGUUGAAGAAUUUCUGCAAAGUCACAAUAACCUCAUGCCAAUAAGGUACUCUUACUCAGAAAUUAAGAAGAUGACCAAAAAUUUUAAGGACAAAUUGGGUGAAGGAGGUUAUGGCACUGUAUUUAAAGGAACACUUCGAAGUGGCAAGCUCGUAGCUGUAAAGGUAUUAGGUAAGUCCAAAGCUAAUGGACAAGACUUUAUCAAUGAAGUUGCAACAAUUGGAAGGAUUCAUCAUGUUAAUGUAGUGCAACUAAUUGGUUUUUGCGUUGAAGGAUCAAAGCGGUCUCUUGUAUAUGAGUUCAUGCCUAACGGCUCCCUAAAUAAAUAUAUUUUUUCUCCAGAGGUAAUUAGUACCCUCCUAAGCUAUAACAAAAUGUACGAUAUAGCUCUAGGAGUUGCUUGUGGGAUUGAAUAUCUUCAUAGAGGUUGUGACAUGCAAAUUUUGCAUUUUGAUAUCAAGCCUCAUAACAUUCUUCUUGAUGAGAAUUUUACUCCUAAAGUCUCUGACUUUGGCCUGGCAAAACUGUAUUCAGUAGAUGACAGCAUUGUUUCUUUGACUGCUGCAAGAGGGACAUUAGGAUACAUGGCUCCUGAAUUGUUCUAUAAGAACAUUGGAGGCGUCUCAUAUAAAGCUGAUGUUUAUAGUUUUGGGAUGUUAUUAAUGGAAAUGGCUGGUAGAAGAAAGAACCUGAAUGCAUUUGCAGAGCAUUCAAGCCAAAUUUACUUCCCUACUUGGGUUUAUGACCAAUUGUACAAUGGAAAAGACAUAGAAAUGGAAGAUGUGACUGAGGAGGAAAAGAAUAUGGUUAAGAAGAUGAUCAUAGUUGCGCUAUGGUGUAUACAAAUGAAGCCUAGUGAUCGCCCUUCAAUGAACAAAGUCAUAGAAAUGCUUGAAGGAGAAGUUGAAUGUUUACAAAUGCCUUCCAAGCCUUUCCUGUCAUCAACAGAAAGACCCAUGAUGGAUGUUCAAGAGGAUUCGAAUCAAAUUAGCGCAUCAAUUCAAUCAGAUGAAUCAAGUGAAUCAACUCAACUAAAGGAAGACUAA